ACCUUUCAAAUUUCAACAAAAAAUUUAAUCCUGACCCACGAUUUGGUAUCUGCGUAAGAAGCCCAAAAGCAAAGCCCAUUUGACAUGCUAAUUAUAGUGAGUGACUGCACACUGCAAGUCUGCAACUAGCUACAACAACGCAUAAAUAGAUUCAACGAAUCUGCUUUGAGCUUGGUUUUCGGCACAGCAACCAAACUCCAAACGCCCACGUCCCGUCUCCGCAUUUCCCAAUUCUCUCUCUCUCUCUCUCUCUCUCUCUCUCUCAUCCACCGCUCCGCUCCGCACCCCAGUCCGCUCUUCUUCUGCUUUCGCCGUCCCCGGGAAACGUCCCCUUUCCCCGCGAAAUCGCCGGACAUUGCAGCUCCCGCCGUGGAACAGUAUUUUACGGAGACAGAAAUGGUGUCCCCGGAGAACACCAAUUGGAUCAUGGAGUACGGCCUCAUCGACGACAUCUCCGUUCCCGAUACCAAUUUCUCUGUUCCGGUCAACGGCUUUUCCUGGCCUGUCCAAACCCUAAACGCCCCUCCUCCCUCUGAUGCAGCCGGUCAAAUUGAUGCGUCAUUUGGAGAUUCCGAAGGCCAGAAAGAAUCAAGUUCCAAGAAAAGGGGUAGAUCGGAGUCGUGUAGCGGAUCGAGCUCGAAAGCAUGUAGGGAGAAGUUGCGUAGGGAUAGGCUCAAUGACAAGUUUCUGGAGUUAGGCUCCAUAUUGGAACCUGGAAGACCUCCCAAAACUGACAAGGCAGCUAUUUUAGUUGAUGCUGUCCGGAUGGUGAAUCAAUUACGUGGUCAAGCACAGAAGCUGAAGGACUCAAAUUCAAGUCUUCAAGAGAAAAUUAAAGAAUUGAAGGUGGAGAAGAAUGAGCUUCGUGAUGAGAAGCAGCGUCUUAAAGCAGAGAAAGAGAAGCUGGAACAGCAAAUGAAAACCAUGAAUGCUCAACCUAGCUUUUUGCCUGCUCCCCCUGCUAUUCCAGCUGCUGCCUUUGCUGCAGCUCAAGGACAAGCUCCCGGCAACAAGUUGGUACCUUUCAUUGGCUAUCCAGGUGUUGCAAUGUGGCAGUUUAUGCCGCCUGCUUCGGUCGAUACCUCACAAGACCAUGUGCUUCGCCCCCCGGUUGCUUAAGCUCUAACCGGUGUGGUGCCGGAGGCCUGCAUUUUGCAAUCCAAGUGUAAUGUGUUCUCCUCUUAUUGUUCUUGGUCUUGUAUUAGUUUUUGAUGAAGUGUGUUCUAACUCAGAAUUGGUGGGGUGAUUCCGUCGCCCUGUAAUGUCCCAAUCUGUAUGAUAAUAUAAGAACUAUUGCUGUGCUGCUCGUGUAAAUUUCAAUAAGUCUCUCUAGCAGAUCUCUAACUAUAUGUUCAUACCAGCAAGGGACAGCCAUAGCUUCUUGACAAUCUCCACCUUUUUCAUAGCGAAUUUUGAACUUCAACUAAAAAGAGCAUAUUUUAAAAUCACUCGAAUAUUAACCAGGCAGCAUGAUCCUCCAAAGGCCAUAUGCUAAAACUGGCAAAUCGACUUUGAGGGGACAAGUCUCGGAUUGGAAUGUCAAAAAGGCAAAAUUGUGGCUUGUGGGGCAACUCCAUUUGAAAUUUUUAUACGGUUGUGCAGCUGCCAUGCAUCAUCAUGAAUCAUAUCAUAUCUCCUUCGAAUUUCUCAGCAGUAGCAGUACAGGAUCAUAUUCAGUUACUCUUGCAACUCUAAAUCAACACUCAAUGUGAGUAUUUCUUCUUCAUCAUCUUUCUCUCCACCAAGAUAUCCACUUUCCUCCAUGGGCUACAGUAGUCUUCUCUCACUACCACCGCUGCUUUACCGGCAGCCAGUCCCUUACAUUUUCCCUGACCCAUCGCAACAAUGACCUCCAUCAUCUUUCCAUCACCCACCACUCUUUUCUUCCCAACAAAAGAUCCAAACUUUUCUGUCUUCAAGUCCACUCUUCACUUUCUUCCUCCUCCAAACCACCAACCUCCAGAGAAGAAGCAAUCCUCCAAGCUCAGACCUGCCUCUCCAAAACCUUAGAGAAGCCCCUCAACAAUCCCAAGCUCGUCGGCAGGAUCAAGAAGCUCAAGCAGCCUAGAUUCCAAGUUGAAAUCCCUGUGGUUGAUGAUUCCCCUGCUUCCCUCUCUCAACUAGCUCUUGACAUCUUCAACGACUUACCCAUCAAAAGAAAAGGCUCUCUGGCCCACCCCUGCACUCAGAGAUGUUGCAGUUGAAGCAAUAGCGUUAUUCUGCUAACCCUUUAAGUGGUUAGUAGAUACUAACACGGUGAGAUAUUAGGCCAUGUUGUCGAGCCACGAUUGGAGGGAGUGGGCUUACCGGCGCCGUCGUGCGAGGGGGAAGGGAGGGCCAGCUCGGCAGGUCCAAGCCGAGCCAUGUUUUGGGAGAAGUGGGCCCACAAUUCAAAAAAAAAACCCCUAAAUUUUCAAACCCAAUCCCUCCUCUCUCCCUCAACCUGUGUUUUUCAUUCUCUCCACUCUCUCCAAAAAAAUCUUUUGUUUCUCUCCCUCUCCGUUUCUUCUUCUCCCGAAAACCACCAUAAAAAAUUCCAAAGGAAGGGUGCGAGGUCGGCGACGGCUUGUUUGAGUCCACGCCGACCACGACGUUGAAACUAUCCCGACGAGGAACAAGUUUUUGAAAGGUUUUCACCGUCCUUGAAGAAAGAAGAUGACGACGUCGCCGACGAAAAAGGAAGACGCCGCCGCCGCCGGUAGUGGGAGGUAGAAGACGACUGCAAGGAGGAUGCUUUGGUUCAGGUUGACGUUGAUUUUGUUUGUAGAGAUCUGGGUUUCGUUUAUCUAUUUCAAAAUUUAGGGUUCACUAAGACAUAAAAUAAUAGCAUAAUAUAUAUUAUGUUAGAGAAAAUAGCUUGUUUUAGAAUGACAAACUCAUGACGUUUAUUUGUUUUACUUGAUGGGCACAUUCCGUGUAGGUCAGACCCAUUUAACUCUUUUAUAUUAUGAUUAACGGUUAGCACAUUAGAAUCCAUGCAUUAGUUUAUCGUUAAUUUUUUUUUCUUUUUAGCAAUAAUAAGGAGUAUUGUUUUUG